AUGGCCGCGCUGCUGGACCACACGGGAUGGCUGGAGGAGGCCGGCAUGGCUGGAGAGGCAUGCGGGCAGGACGGCUCCAUGGCCGGGAGCAGGCCCCUGUCCCUCGCCAGCAGCCUCGCCGCCAGCAUCGGAAGCUCCCUUGGCUCUGCCGGUGACCUGGCGGGCGUGCUGACCCGCAGCAGCAGCAGCAGCAGCAGCAGCGGCGGCAGCGCCGAGCUGCCCGCCGUCGCGGCGCUGCAGGGCGGGCCCGCGCCGCGCCAGCACGGGAUGGCAGCCCCCGUGCCCUACCGCACCGCAGAAUCCAUCAGCGCCUGCAGGCUGCUCCGCAACUACUCUUCCUUCGACGGCCUGGAGGUGCCUGCGCUGCACCAGGCCGCCGCCGCCGCCGACGCCGCGGCGUCGGCGCCGCCCCGAACAGGGCCGCCGCCAGACGUGCUGCUGGCCGCGCUCUCCGCCUCCCUGGCCGCCCAGAAGCAGGCUCGGCAGCUGCAGCCCAGCCGCGGCCCGCAGCAGCCGCUGCGCCCCACAGCCCCACUGCCAGCGCCGCCGGCCGCGUACGGCGCCAGGCCCGCCUUCGCCUGUGCCACCUGCUCCUGCGCCUUCACCGAUGCCGCUGCCUACCACGAGCACUGCGCCUCCCUGGAGCACACGCUGAACAUCCUGCAGUGCAGCCUGGCCCUCGCCGUGCCUCACAUGCCGGCGCAGGCAGCAGGCCUGUGCGCAUCUCCGAGCUGGCAGCAGGCCUACGUUACGGAACCUGCAGCCGGCGACGGGCAGCCUGGCAGCGGGCCGCUGGCCGCCUCGCCACCCAACGGCGGCCCGCCCCCAUUCUCUCGCACAGGGCAGCUGGCAGCCUGUUGGGAGCAGGGCAGCCUGCUGCGGCCCUCCUCUAGCACAACCCUCACGCUCGAGGCCUGGGAGCGCCCAGCCAGCGCCUCCAGCCUGCCGCCUGCUGCCGGGCUUGGGCCCCACGGCACGCUGUUCCCAGCUGCCGACCAAUUGGCCAGCCUGCUCCGGCAACCGCUGGCGGCCGCCCCUGCCAGCGGCGUGCUCCCCACAGCGCCGCCUGCGCCGGCAGCCCUCCCGCUGGCGCCCGUCUCCCUCACGCCAUGCCUCAACCAGGUCAUCGACCCUCAGCUGGAUGCGCUGUGCCACGCCUUGGUCAAGAAGAUGCGCCAGCUGGACGGCGUGGAGCGUGCAGUGAGCAGCCUCGGAGCGGCGGGCAGCCGCAGCAGGGAGGGCAGCCCCGGCCCCAUCGCGGUGCGGCGCAUCGUGGGCGGCCUGCGGGAGGUGCGCAAGGCGGUGAGGAAUGGCACCGCAGCCGCCAUCAUUUCGGCCGUCGACAUCCAGGCCAACAGGCCGUCCGAUGCCCAGGACCCCAGCACGUCACCAGUGCAGCCCGGUGCAGAGAUGGCGGAGAUCUGCCGCCUGGCGGCCGCCCACGGCAUCCCCGUCGUCUUUGCCCUCACCCGCAUCGGCCUGGGCUCCAUCUUUGCGGCCAACAAGCGCAUGUCGGCCGUGGCGCUGACCAACAUCACUGGGGUGGAGGCGCUGGUGCAGCAUGUGCUGCAGCUGGCUGCCCAGGCCCGCGCCAAGUUCGCCCUGGUGGCACACGCCCCCAAGCUCUACUGGCCCGGCCCGCCAGCUAGCAGCAACGUAUGA